AUGCUUGCUUUGCACUUGCUAGCCCUUCUGCUCUGCUUCAUCCAUGUGAAGACGUUGAGUCCAGAAGCCUUUCCCACCAUCGACGAGGUAGAACUAAUAGCCCAUGAACUUAUCAAUCCAUUCACACCCUACUUCCGCGAUCCUAAGUAUCGAGGCAAAAGAAUUUGUAAGGGAUUCUCGACUUGGCAGGAUGCUCUGUUUGAUAACUAUGAAAAAUUGAAGGCGAAAUUCGCUCGCAACUGUAGCCAUAUCCUUGGAAACCUCAUCAUUUCCGAAAUACGUCCCAAUGAAGACAUCGGUUUCUUGAACUCUGUCGAGGAAGUUUCCGGUUACGUCUUCAUUCGGCGCGUAACAAAACCGCACUUUGGUCUACCGAAAUUGCGAAUAAUUCGAGGUGAAGAGUCGGUUCAGAUACGAGGUCAAGCCUUCACACUUCUUGUAACAGAAACUUAUACUUCCAAUAGGGACUUCAUGCUGGACAUCGAAUUUCCCUCUCUUGAAGCCAUCCUAAUGCACGGAGUGGGUUUCUUCGACAAUCCGGGUCUCUGCUACGCCCCAUUUUCGGUGAAUUGGGACGAUAUUUUGGAGUAUCCGGAUCUGCAGCCGGUGAUACUGGUUCCCAUGAAUAGCAGGUCUGCAACCUCUCACUGGAUCACAGCUUGUGCCACUCGAUAUGCUGAUGCCUCACGAGCCUCCAUCCACUCCACCACAUCUCCGUCUUUUAUGAACGAGAGCAAUGCAACAACUCGACUACGGCGAAAUUUUAGUGAAAAUUUGUUGACUGCUGUGGCUUUGAACAACACACAGUCACCACAUUCUACGAAUUCAAUGCCAACUGUUCAGCCACCCACCGUGAGCUUCAGCACCUUCGAAACCAACUUAACCGAAGUUGUACUCAUCAAGGCUGUGAGCGGUGGAACACAAAAAGGGGAUGAGAAUCCCGAAGUAUUCCUGGAUAGGCAGGAAGGUGGCACAACUGUAUCCACUACAGAAACUGCUAAUCGUGCUGAAAACUUGACACACACAACACAAGACCCAUCAGGAAGUUCAAGUGAAUUUGGGGAACUUUUUACGAACGAGACAUUCCGUGUUCUCUGGAACCUCUCUUCGGAGACUGGACCACAGUUGAAAUGGAAAUGUCAUGACAGCUGCUUCAAGCGAAACGGAAGGUCUUUCUGCUGGGGACCUGGUGUCAAUCAGUGUCAAAUACCCACGCGUUUCUAUGACGUCCUUACAUCAGCGUGGAAGGUGAAUAAGGAGGGCAGAGUGGCGUUGGGGCAUAUGUGCGUCUCGAAGUGUCCAGAUGGCUUCCUCCUGGAUGGAGACCACUGUGUGCUCAAAUGCUCUCGGCCUGGAACUCAACAGGUUCGUAAUGUAUGUGUUCAGUGUCCGCCGACAGGAUGCCCAAAAAGUGGGUUUCAGUUGUUGUGGUGA